UGCGCCCAAGAUGGAUACACAGCGUUUGUUUUUACGCGAGGGGGAGGAAAAUCUGCUGUACUUUUGUGAGCUUUAAACAAACAAAACAGGCAUACUAUUCCAUGGAAGUGGACUCUGCAUCCUUCCAGCACCUCUAGGCACCCCUUCCAGCCAGAUGCGGACAGUCCCGUCCAGCCAAUAGGCGGAGAGACCUCGACAUCGGCAGAGUGUGCCCCCAGCUGGUGUUUUGGAGUAGAGUAGCUAAAAUAAACCAGAGCACAGCUCCCGCUCCCGAGCGAGUCCCGACCCGCCUCGACUCGAGCAACAGAAAGGGAUCACCCAUUGUUCCGACACCGAAACGAGAUUGCCCGGCCAGAUCCGACAGCGAUCUAAAAAUGGAGUGGACGCGCGAAAAGACCCUGCUGCUGAUCGGCGAGUACCGCAGCCGACGCGGGCUGUGGGACAUGACUUGCGACGACUACCGGAAGAAGGACGUCAAGCAGCGGCUCUUGAACGAAGUCAGCCAGGUGCUGGGCGGGAAUAUACCCAUUAACGAGCUGGAGAAGAAGUUCCACACGCUGCGCACGCAGUACCACCGCGAGAUCAGUCGCAUGAAACGCAAGGAGCCCUACAACUCCAAGUGGUUUGUUAAGAACCUGGUGUUCCUCAGCUCCCCCUACGCCUGCCGCUCCACCAAGGGUCGCCUGAAGACGGAUCUGCAGGCUGACGAGCGCAAGUUUGCCCUGGGAGAGGUAACCGCCGAUCACAACAGCGACAGCAGCACAAAUCCGGCGAACCACAACAGUAAUACGAACGCCAGCAUGAACGAGGAGUACCUGCGCAAGAGCCACGCCAGCAGUCGGGCCCAGGAGCUGGAGAAACUCAUUGAGGAGACAACCAAAGACGUGGACGAUAUCGAUGAGCGAUUGGAGGAGGGGGAGGUCAAGCCCAAGCAGCCCAAGGAGAUGAGCGUGCGCUUCGUAAAUCUCAGCGACCCGGACGAGACUGAGCCGCUGGAUAACCACCACCAGACGCUGAUGGACCUGCACCACCACCAGGGCAACACCGUGGAGGCCGUCAGCUUUCAGGCCAACGAGAGCGGCGAGCUGCACUACCAGUCCACUCCAGCCCAGAACACGGGCAACAACAACUCGGUGCACGUGAUGCCCACACGAAUCAUCAAGAUUCAGCGCCGGGACACGGCUGGCGGGCAAGAGGAAAGCUACUUCGAAGAGCACACGCAGCUGCAUCCGCCGCCGGUGAAGCGCGUGUACUACGAAGCCAGUCCAGCAUCGCACAGCACCACCUCCAUUCUUUCCCCGGCACUGGAGACCAAUGCCAACGGCACGACCAGCAAUGUGCUUACCAACUCCCCCGGGAUCACGAUGAGCAACCUGCGCCUGCCCAAGGUGAACACGCCGCCCAAACCACCCCAGGCCCAAGCCAUCCCCAGUCCGCCUCCGCCCACCAUUGUCAGCCUGCCGCCGGCGCGCGAUGAGUUCGCCACGUACGGAGAGUAUGUGGCCAACGAAAUGCGCGCCAUCAGCAACCGGGAGGUGCUCGUCGCCCUCAAGCAUCGCAUAAACACGGCCAUCUUCGAGGCCAACAUGGCCGAAAUAGCCCCGAAAUAGAUUGAUCACUUUUAGCUAGAGCUAUUAACUACAACUUUAGGUUUAAGGCUGAAAAUGCAAUUUGUCCUCUUGUCUUUGUGCUUUUUAUAGGUCUCCCGUCACUUGUAUUCUCAUUUGAAUUUGUACAUUUAACAGAUAUGUAUGUAACGUUUAAAUACUUAAGCCAAAUAUAAAAUUUAGUGGAAUUACAA